AAUGUCGAAUGUGUACUGUAACACACGCGUCAUAGGUGUCAGUGUUGGGUCAUCAUUACGUAAUAGCUUUGUGGUCAGUGCUUUUCACGAGAAGACUUGUAUAAAACUUUACGUCAGAGAACAGCUCCCCACAUCUCACGAAUCGAAUCUCGAAAACCGGGCAGAAAUCCAAGUCUCAUUUUACUCUGCCCAUAAGAUACUGCCAUCGACAUCAUCAUGCCCAGUUAUAAAUUGAUCUACUUUAAUGUUCGUGGUCGCGCCGAGACGGCCCGCAUGUUGCUUGCCCUGGGUGGUUGCGAGUUCGUCGAUGAGCGUUUCGAAGUCGCCGAAUGGCCACAGCGGAAGCCCGACACGGAAACCUUUCCCAUCGGACAAGCUCCCGUUUUGAUGGUGGACGACAGGGUGAUACCACAGAGUAAAGCCAUUAAUAGGUACCUAGCCAGAAAGUUUGAUCUUUAUGGAGCAAACGACUUCGAACGAACUGAGAUUGAUAUCGUCCUCGAAACCAUGAACGACCUCGAGCUAAAGGCUACUCUCAUCUAUGCACACCACCCUCCUGAGGAUGAGAUGGCUAGGCUGAAGAAAGAAUUUGCGGAAAAGACAUCCAAGCCCUACAUUUCUUACCUUGACCAACUUAUAAAAAAGGCAGGAGGGAAGAAUUUUGUAGGAAACAAGAUCUCACUCGCCGACAUCCACGUCUUCACCAUGCUCGAAAUGUUUACUGACAGCGCUCGAGGUAUAGAGGGCGUCCUUGAUGAUUACCCUGAUCUGCGAGCCUUCUAUAAGUAUUUCAAAGAGGAGGGCCCACUCAAAUCUUACAUUGCAUCGCGGCCCGCCGCAGAUUAUUAGAUAUUGUGGACUUGUUAUGCCACAACAGGCAGUUUUCGCUUUUCCACCAGUCCACGCAAGACGGGAUGAGAAUACAGUAAAUGUAUUGAAAAUGCCCUUCAAAUGACCAAAAAAAUAAAUCAAACAAACAAACAAAGAGCUAGGAGGUCUUUUACGAAAAAUAAUAAUAUUCCGAUUUUCUAUAGCGCUUUAUAAUUAGCUUAAUACAUCGGAACGGCGUGUCUAAGCGCUUUAAAGAUGUAUUAUUACCCUGGUCGUCGGAUUCAAUCAGUCAUUCCCGCACACAAUGUGUACGCAUCCUCCACUCCCUGGGGAGUAUUCCAGUCAGUCGCCAGUGAGGCGCACACAGUACUGGACAAGCUGCAAUGACUUUCACAUUCUACCGGGUACCCAUUCAGCACCUGGGUCGGGAGUGGCAAAGUGUGGAUUAACGCCUUGCCAAAGGACGCCAGACAGCGGUGGGAUUCGAACACACGACCCUCUGUUUACAAGGCGAGAGUCAGAACCACUACACCUAGGCUUCUCCACAUAUCGAUGAAUUGAAACAGAAGCGUUCGGAGCUGACGAAGAGGGCAAAUAUGUCGUUUGUCCAGAGUCUGUGACGAAACUGCAGUUUCGUCACAACAAUUUUCGAUCGACAAUACAUUUUCUAUGUUCUUGAAUCCGUCAUGCGCAGUGGAGCUAAAACACCUUGUUAGAUAGAUCGUGGACUUGCUACGCGGCCACAGUCACAUCGACGUAACCUACUGUAAACGGACCAUUGGUGUGGCAUUGGUAAUCUGGGUUCGGUUUGGCCAGUGUGACUGAGGUAUUUAAAAGGGGUACUCUCCCUACUGGAAAGAACGCAGUGUCCCACAGUGUGUUCCACAGUAUGUUCACAGUGUGGAACACAAUGUGAAAUCACCUUCACAUUUAAGAGAAUUUCAGCAGUGUGUCCACAGUCAUGUUCACAUAGUCGACCAUGUAAACACGAUGUGAACAGUCGAGGUCUCCAGUGUGGUGUGAAAAUAUCUUCACACUGUUGAAUUUUAACAUUAUAACAGUGUGACUAAUAUUUUCACAUAGUCAACUAAACACUGUGAUCACACUGUGAGAUAUUGUGUUCUCACAGGCCUAAUACAGAUACAAAACACUGAAAAUUUCAUCAAAUUUGAACAAGAAAUAUUUAAUCAAGUUAUGACCUUUCAAACGCUUGCAUUAUUUUUGAUGAACCACGCCCUCAUAAAUAUCCAAUGCGAUAGCUGGUUAUGUCAUAUAUCCCUACUUUUUAUAUCAUUAUAUGGAUUUAUAAAAUCAAUUUUUCCCUCUAAGA